GUUCUGGACGUGGUGAGCACGGGUGGAGCGAGCGGUACGGUGCUCAGCAAGGCCCCAGCGGUGCAGGUGGCAGACUUCAGCACCGCGGUGCGGGAGGACGCGCCUCGUGACAGUCGCUCCGACACACUCAAGCGCGCUCAGGCUGGCCUCGCGCCCGGCGUCUCUACCACCGUCAGGCUAGCAGCCAGGACUAUGAGCCAGCAUCUCCUGAACCACCUGUGGCACUUCCCUUUGGGUGUCGGCGCCCAGCGACUCUCCUCCCUUGUAGUGGAGAGCGACGACCUGCCGGGCUGUGCUUCUGAGGAACUCACCGGAGAUGUUUUCCUGUCUCCACACGUGCAGAUCUUCGCCCUAAACAACAAUUGCCUCUUCUCAAUGGUGCAGCUGCCUGCUCUGCACGGCCCUGGGGGCGGAGUUGCUGGAUUUGUUACUCCGUCAUCUGAGGUACGACUCAUCAUGCGCGAUCUAUCGGGCAAGUUCUCGUGGGACGCGUCGAUGUUAUGUGCCCCGCCCUCCGAUGUACUGGACAGCUGCAACAGCUCCGGCCUGCCGUCCCUGGACGACAGCUGCAGCACACAACACGACCACGGCGCUGCUAAUGUAACGCCUUAUUCAGGCCACGACCGUGCUGCUCUCAACACGGCGGGCUCCGUUACUUCAUCACACGAGCUCCACCUGAGCCGGGACGACCUUAUGAGCAGCAGCCUGGUGGGGGCGCCUCUGAUGGCCCCACGCAACAUGACUCGCCGUCGGCCCCCAGGGGCGUUGCCCUCUCACCAGGACUCGGCCCACGACCUCGACAACCUCGACGACCUACUGAGCUACAUCGGGCACACGAGCCCCGAGGUGCUGGAACAAGUAGGCGGGCCCCUGAACGAAGCGGGCGCCCCACCACCCACGCUGCCCGUGGUGCUCCAGCAUGACGCCAUCGCCACGUCCCUCGCCCACCGCAGCGCCGUGCAGGACUACAUCGUCAGGAACACCCACACCCCACAACUGCAGUGCCCCGAGGAAGAGUGUCCCGCACCCAGAGAGGAAGCGUCGCCCUUCCAGCAGUGUCGGCUGCUCUUCGAUCAGCUCGGUCUCGCCGCCUGGGAGAAGCGCAAGUCUCUGCACACGCUUAAGAAGAAUGACAAACUUCUUAGAGAAAUAAAAAACCUCGAUAAUCAGAAAUGCCGCGAGACACACAAAAUCGCGGUGCUGUACGUGGCCAUUGGGCAGGAGGACAAGAUGUCCAUCCUCAGCAACUCGGGAGGAUCGCAGCGCUUUGAGGAGUUUGUUGGGGGGUUGGGCUGGGAGGUGGAGCUGAGCACCCACACAGGGUUCUUGGGAGGCCUCCAUCGCAACGGGUCUACGGGGGAGACGGCGCCCUACCACGCCACCAGCCUCACCGAGACCAUCUUCCAUGUGUCCACGAGGAUGCCUUCGCAUACUGAGCAGUCCCUACUGCUCAAGACACGUCAUUUGGGGAACGACGAGGUGCACAUCGUGUGGUCUGAACACAGUCGAGACUACAGACGUGGCAUCAUCCCUACAGAGUUCUGUGACGUGCUCAUCGUCAUCUACCCACUGGCCAACUCCCUACACAGAAUACACAUAAGCUCCAAGCCUGACGUGCCGUUCUUUGGGCCGCUGUUCGACGGAGCGCUGGUGGGGCGGCGUGAACUGCCGUGCCUCGUGCGUGCUACGGCCGUCAACGCCUCACGCGCUAAGAGGAGCAGGCUUCCCCUAUACCAAAAUUUCUACGAGGAGCGGGCUCGUGCUCUGCAUGCCAUCAUCGACCAGCACAGCGAGGCCACUACCUUCGAGGCCUUCAUCUCCGCCGUGCACUGCCCGGUCUUCCCUGCUGCCUUCCCUGGGGGACCGGCCCGCGCAUCUGGCACGUCAUUUUUCACACGACCAGGGGAGGGUCCAUCGUCGCACUCGUCUGAUCCCUCCAACGUCUUCUUCCCCACCGAGUCUUCCUCGGGUCUCGCAGCCGCCCUGCUGCUGGAGGGGGGCGCCUGCAAUGCAUGUGGGUCUCCGUCAGGAGGUCCCCACCACGGUGGGUGUAGUGGGGGACAUCAAGGUUCUCCCCACCACCAGCGACCUCCUCUCACCCGCCCCACCAGCUACUCCACAGGAGAACAGCACAACCUCAGAGAGAAAGCUAGAAGCCUGUUUCACUCGGAAAGCGUCUACAACAGCGUCGGCGUUCAGCGUUCGGGGGCCUCUAGCGCACACACUGAUGCUCUCCCACCGUCUGGGGGCAGUGCAGGAGCCCCAUCCCCGCGCUCCAACAAAAAACUUUCUUUUAAAACACCCAGCCGGAGAAUAUCUUCGGGGGUGACUUCGUCCAGUCCCGGCCCUCUGCCAGCGAGCGUCGCCAGCAGGUCUUCUGAAGGCCUCACAGGCGGUGCCCCUUCCAGGGUUCCCGAGUCCCCGAUCCCACCUCCGAGGAAAGCUAAAGAGACGCUGCAUGCGUCAAAUAAUCCGCAGCAGCUGACGCGGCAGCCUCAGCAGCAGAGCAGAUUAUCUGGGCAACCACAACUGCAAGAUCAACAGAGAAGUUCAGCUCAGCCACAGCAGCUGCAGCAGAAGAACCUGCAGCAACGGCUCUCUGUUCAGCCGCCACAACACAGCAGGAGUAAAUGAUGGCCGUUCAGGGGCUUGUGUCCUCUCCUGUCUGAUGACUGUAAUGAGACGUGGUGCUGAUAAUUUUAAGAACGCCCUGUUAUAUUACUCUUGUGAAGAGAUCUUGCCGUGUGUGCUGGAGAAUCAACAUUGAUUGAUCGUUUGUUUCAACGAUUUAAAAUCAAAUUAAUUUCUCUCUGCUCUUUGGAGCUCACCUUUGAAUAUUCUCAUUCGUCUUCUAUUGAGUGUGCGUGACACCAAUUCCAUGCCGAACGUUUUUUCUGUUUUCCAGAAUUUGGUUCAAAUUUUACGAGUUCAAAGCUGAAGAUUUAUCAGCUAUUUUUGAUUUGAUUUUCUACGAUUGUGCUAAUAAUUGACUACGUAUUGGAAUACAUCCUUAGUCUGUGUAGUGGUACUGUAAUUAUGUCGGUGUUAAAAUUGGCACGUGAAGUACAGUAUAUUGUGUGAUGUUUUUUUUUCUUCGGAACUGAUUAACGGCGGUGGCGGUGAUUUUUGUGAGGAUAUGAAGGAAUUUUCAUGAUACAUCAGGGCUUAAUAAUCAAUUUUUAUGCUCCACGCCUGAAAUUGCAAUUUUAUCAAUGAGUCCAAAAUUGAAGCGUGCGUAGUUGCAAGGAUGAAAUCUGAGCCGUUGCGUGCGAGGCGACGUAGCGCAAUGCUUCGUUGCAACUUAAGAGUUGCUGCUGAGUGGGAGAUGUGGCCCAAGUAUACCUACUGCUCAACCAGUUACCUCAGGUGUUGUGCUGUUCAUUGCUUCUUGUGUGUUAUUACCCUUAUUCAGAAAUGGUUUAUUGUAGUUUAUUUUGCUUCCGAAUCACAUGUACAUUUCGUCGUCUUCACUCAACUGUUUAGGUUGAAGCCAAACUGAACGGUUGCCGUGGACUUGUCGCAAUCAGAUUUAAUUUAUUUUCACAUCUGUUUCUUCUUGCCGUGAUAGCUGUAUAAUAUUUUAUCUGUAUGCUGCCGGGUUUCCUAUACCUAACUAUCGUCGAUUUAAACGUAACAGUUUUUCCCUGUUGAUCUUUUGUGGCUUGGGUUCACUCCGGUAUUCGCUUGUCUUCGUCUAAGGCCUUGAAAAGUUACCUUGAUUGUUUACUUCUUGGUAAACGAGGAUCAAAUUUGUGUUAUCUUUUAUUUUCGAUUUCUCAUAAACCGCAGAUUUUGUCCACCAAAUUUGCCGGUGAAUAGUGUGUGAUUGCUCACAUGCACGCUUAUCUAAUUGUUUGAAAAAACUUAUUAUAUCGUAUGUCGAAAAAAUGUAUUUUCUCUUGAAAUGUGUGAUACAGAAACUUUGUAAAGUUAUUCCUAUUUCUUGGCUCCGCACAGAUGCUGUGAUCGAAAAUUUUGUUUCUAUUUUAUUUAUGAACUCGCUAUUCUUCAUGUUUAUUUGGAGUGUGA